AAAAUGUCAAAUAAAAAAGAAGAAGAAUCCAGCUUAUUCCGUAGUGAUCGUUUAAGAUUUUUAAAUAAUGUUUUGUAGAUAUUGUACUAAAAAUUUACCGACGAAACUCAAUAGCUUUAAAAAAUAUUCAAGUGCAGUCAAAACUACCCCAAUCCAAGUAAAUGGAAACAACGUACGUAAAGAAGUAUUAGAAUAUAGACACAUUUAUCCCGAAUUCUUACCCGAUCCUAAAAUUGAAUUCAGAAAUGCUUUACGGGAAAAACUGGAAAGACACGAUAUGUUAGCUAGAAGAGCUAUUAUUAACAUGCCCGAAUUUUAUGUUGGUACAAUUAUGGCAGUUGAAUCGUCGGAUGAACACUCUCCUGGUAAACCUCACAGAUUUGUUGGAAUUUGCAUACAAAGAAGAGGAUGUGGAUUAAGAGCAGAAUUUAUUCUCAGAAAUGUUAUUGAUCAUCAGGGAGUUGAGAUACUUUAUAAACUUUAUGAUCCUUCUAUACAAAAAAUAGAAAUAUUAAGAUUAGAAAAACGCAUAGAUAACGAACUUUUUUACUUAAGAGACGCCCUACCAGAAUAUUCUACGUUCGAUCCAAACAUGGAGGUGGAAAUAUUACCAGAAGGUUCUCCUAUUCCUAUUAAUAAAACAAAAGUGAAACUAAAACCGAGACCAUGGUUGGAAAAAUGGGAAAGGAAAAACCUUUGGGGUAUCCAAGAUUUAGAAUUGCCGGAAAAAUACUAUGAAAAGGCCAAAAAAGUUGCUACUCCAUGGGAAAAAUACGAUUUAAUGAAAGAAUAUAUGAGAACUAUUCCUGAAGAAGAACAGUAUGAAAUAUAUAGUGAAAUCGAGCCAAAACUGCAAAAACUUCAAGUACAAGGAAAGAAAAUGAAGAAGAGAGUGUUUGUUAGGCCAAUGAAAUUAGCCUAAAAAUUUCUUUUUCAUUCAAUUUUAAUAAUAUACCUAUUAUUAAAUAAAAUUCGAUAAUAAAAAUCAAAUAUGGAU